CUUAAGACCUUGCGGAGGGAAGACCUCUUUUGCUCCUAUGUUCAUGCCAGAAUGGCCUAGGCCACUCUGUUGCUCUAUGGUUCCUACCACAGGCACCCUACAGCAAUGUAUUGGGAUUUUGCCACCAGUGCUAGCAGACCAUCCAGAUGGCUGUAAACCUGCAGAGGAGAUAUAGAACGUGAUCUCUCAAACUGGAUUAAAGAAACCGGUUGAUAUUUUUAUUUAUACUUUUUUAUUUUUGUAUUUGACUUAAAGUGCCAUGAAAAAAUUUGCAUAUUGCAAGGUGGUCCUUGCCACCUCUCUGGUUUGGGUCCUUCUGGAUAUGUUUCUAUUGCUGUACUUCAGUGAAUGCAACAAAUGUGAUGAGAAAAAAGAACGAGGCCUACCCGCUGGAGAUGUUCCAGAACCCAUACAAAAACCACAUGAAGGACCGGGAGAGAUGGGGAAGCCUGUGGUCAUUCCAAAAGAGGAGCAAGAAAAAAUGAAAGAAAUGUUUAAAAUAAAUCAAUUUAAUUUAAUGGCAAGUGAAAUGAUUGCACUCAACAGAUCUUUACCUGAUGUCAGGUUAGAAGGGUGUAAAACGAAGGUGUAUGCAGACAACCUCCCCACGACCACCGUUGUCAUUGUUUUUCACAAUGAGGCCUGGAGCACGCUGCUGCGAACUGUUCACAGCGUGAUAAACCGGUCACCGCGACACAUGCUGGAAGAGAUCGUCCUUGUUGAUGAUGCCAGUGAAAGAGACUUCUUGAAAAGACCACUGGAGAAUUAUGUGAAAAAAUUAAAAGUACCUGUUCAUGUGAUUCGAAUGGAGCAGCGCUCUGGAUUGAUUAGAGCAAGAUUAAAGGGAGCUGCUGCUUCUAAAGGCCAGGUCAUCACCUUCUUAGAUGCUCAUUGUGAAUGUACAGUAGGCUGGCUUGAACCUCUGCUGGCAAGGAUCAAAGCUGACAGGAGAACAGUAGUGUGCCCCAUCAUUGACGUAAUUAGCGAUGACACCUUUGAGUAUAUGGCAGGUUCUGACAUGACCUAUGGUGGAUUCAACUGGAAGCUGAAUUUUCGGUGGUAUCCUGUUCCUCAGAGAGAGAUGGAUCGACGGAAAGGAGAUCGAACCCUUCCUGUUAGGACACCUACAAUGGCAGGAGGUCUUUUUUCAAUAGACAGGGAUUACUUUCAGGAAAUUGGAACAUAUGAUGCUGGAAUGGAUAUUUGGGGUGGAGAAAACUUAGAAAUUUCUUUUAGGAUUUGGCAGUGUGGUGGCACUUUGGAAAUAGUAACUUGUUCACAUGUUGGGCACGUGUUCAGAAAAGCAACACCAUACACUUUUCCAGGAGGUACAGGGCAGAUAAUCAACAAAAACAACAGGCGGCUUGCAGAAGUCUGGAUGGAUGAAUUCAAAAACUUUUUUUACAUCAUUUCCCCAGGAGUUACUAAAGUUGACUAUGGGGACAUAUCAUCACGACUUGGACUAAGACGCAAGCUCCAGUGCAAGCCUUUCUCCUGGUACCUGGAGAAUGUUUAUCCUGAUUCCCAAAUUCCACGCCAUUACUUUUCUCUGGGAGAGGGUGACUUUGUGGUGUUUGUUUUUAAAAGGAAUGUUUUUAACAAAAUGGAGCAGAUAUUUGUGCUGCUGCAUGAAUGUCAGGAGACUGAUAUUCAUGCCUGCUUACUGUAUAGUAAUACAGAGAUUAAGGUGGUAACCGAAGAG